GUUGUGCGCAUGCGCGUGAGUGCCCCGACGACAGCGUCUGCUUUGUUGAGAGCAUCGAUCCUGCUCGGGACUUUGGAGCGACUCCGCUUUUAUUAUAAAGAAAUGAUGGAGUAGAUUUACGCGUUAGUUACACAUUCCACAUCCUAUUUGUGAGGUUUUGUUUUUUGUUUUGUUCGGGGGUGGGGAUGUGGAUCGUUUUGACGCUGGCGACAACAGAGGCGAGGAGCUCCUGUAUAUAAACAAAACGCAGCGCGAGCUGCUUUUAAGGUGGCACGUCAUCGGCGACAGCUGGACCAACAACAACAACAAGAAGAAGAGCAGGCUCCCGGGCCUGCUCGGCCAGCCGGACGCGGACGAGCUCGGUGUCCCGACAUGGAAGUAUUCCCUCGGCCUCGUCGGGAGUGAAACUCCGUAAACGAGCGAACAUGAGCGAGGAGGGUCGUUUGUUGUGUGGACGGCAGCUCGUGGCGAGUGAAAGACGGGGUGACUGUCCCCGCCGCUGCCCCCGCUUGACCGAGGAGAGAGGCGAGCUUGCUAGCAAGAAGGCUGACCGCAGGCCCCCCGGUUCUCUGCCCCAGUCCAAAUAGUGCUGAAGCCGACUGAGGUGCAUCAUGGAGACGGUGGGUAGAUUCGAGUUCAGUCGGAAGGACCUGAUAGGACAUGGCGCAUUUGCGGUCGUCUUUAAAGGCAGAAACCGAGAGAAACAUGAUUGGGAGGUGGCAGUAAAAUGUAUCAACAAGAAGAAUCUGGCCAAAUCUCAGACACUGCUGGGAAAGGAGAUCAAAAUACUCAAGGAACUCAAGCAUGAAAACAUUGUUGCUUUACUGGACUUUCAGGAAACUGCAAGCUCAGUGUACCUAGUGAUGGAGUACUGUAACGGCGGUGACCUUGCCGACUACCUACACUCAAAAGGCACGCUGAGCGAAGACACGAUCCGCGUUUUCUUGCAGCAGAUUGCUGGUGCCAUGAGGGUCCUGCAGGCUAAAGGCAUCAUCCAUCGGGACCUCAAACCCCAGAACAUUCUGCUCUCUUACCCGCAGGGACGGAAAUCCCACUCCAACAACACCUGCAUUAAAAUUGCGGACUUUGGUUUUGCCAGGUACCUUCAGAACAACAUGAUGGCAGCAACUCUUUGCGGGUCACCUAUGUACAUGGCACCUGAGGUCAUUAUGUCCCAAAACUAUGAUGCCAAGGCUGACUUGUGGAGCAUCGGGACCAUCGUGUUCCAGUGUCUGACUGGGAAGGCUCCUUUCCAGGCCAGCAGCCCCCAGGAUCUUAGAAUGUUUUAUGAGAAAAACAAGAACCUCAGCCCCAACAUUCCCAGAGAGACUUCCAGCCAUUUGAGGCAUCUCUUACGGGGCCUGCUGCAGCGCAAUCACAAGGACCGCAUGGAGUUUGAUGAGUUUUUUUCUCAUCCUUUCUUGGAAGCCACCAGCUCGUCCAUAAAAAAGACAACUCCAACGGUAACCAUGACCUGCUUUCCAAGUUCCGGCUCAGCCAGCUCUUGCAGCAGCUCCUCCACCUCGCACCUGGCCUCUCCACCGCAGUCUCUUGGUGAUGCGCAACAUUUGCGUGCCAAAGCACUGGCCUCCCCUACCCAGGAGGCCACUGGGUUUCUCCUCAAGGAUUCAUCCGGAGGAGGCGGCAGCAGCAAAAACUCCUCCUCCUGUGACACAGACGACUUUGUCAUUGUGCCUGCUCACUUCAACACGGCUGAGCUGACGAGUGAGAGUAAAAUGCUGCAGGACAGUCUAAUGAACAGCGGCUCUCUCCUGACUUCUGCCGGUUUGUGUGUCCAAGCCAAAUCGCCACCACACUCGCCCUCCUAUAGUGGCUCCCCCAGUCGUGUCAGAUAUGCAUCCCAAUGUGCUGUUUACACAAGACUGUUUAAGCCGAAAACCAGUGACAUUAUCAACAACACCGACAAACAAGAGUAUGCGUCAUUAAGUGCUCAGUGUGGAAUUGUGCCCAGUGAGUCCUCAGGGAGUAACUAUGCUGGCCCCGGGGGUAACCACGGUCACUCCCUGCCCAUCCCAGUUCCCACUCAGGUGCACAACUACCAGCGUUUGGAGCAGCAGAUUUAUACAACCAAACAAGAGGGCUCGCCCCGGCUGUCCACUCCGAUACAUCGUUGCUGCAGUGGAAGUCCGUUGGGCUUUGCGAGGACUGGACCUUCUCCACCUUACGGAACAGUGGCCACCACCCGAAGGCUCUCACUGGGAGGAGCAAGACCAUUUCAACUCUCCCCUCAAGGGGCUCAGCAUGCUGAAUCCAGGCCAACUGCUCAGAAACACUCCCCCGUCGCCACAGGAUUGGGGACACGGCUCCACAGCGCCCCCUGUCUCUUGGAGUGUACCACUGGUGGUGGCAGACAAAAGAUCCGAAAACAGCACUCAGAUCCGGUGGUGGUCCCCACGGCAGGCCUGAUGACUGUUCGCCCGCUGCACUCUUCCCCACGCCUCAGUGAGCUGAUGCAGAGAAGCCCACUGCCCACCAUCUUGGGCUCUCCCUCGAGGACUAUGCCUCCAUUUGAAUUCCCCAAACCCCCCAGCUCUCCAAACCUUGUCAACUUCCUGACACAGCAGGGAUUGGUCGUGGGCUCUCCCAGCAGCAGGACUGUGCAAAUCGAGCCCAGAGACGCUGGACAGCCAGCGCCCACAUCAUGCCCUCAGCCUUCACACUGCAUCCACAGGAUGAAUGAUGAUACCAGGGGAUUUGGAAGAUCUCAGAGCGCCGGCCUCCUGUCCGACAUGUUGCUGAUGGCAGCCUUUGGAACAGGUGGCCCAGUGGGUGACCGAGGCAGCACAGAAAACCUGGCCUGUGAAAAAGCUAUAGACAUAGCAGGGCCCUCAGGUGGCGUCCUAUGUCCUGCACCGGGGUCGUGCAGCCCAGCACAGGUGGUCUUCACCAUCGGCUCCCCUCCCAGUAGCGGCACCCCGCCUCAGGCCUUCAGACAGAGGAAAUACUCAGGCUCGUUUGCGUCAGUCAGUCCUGCAGGCUCCUUCACCAGCCGCUAUCCCCAGACAGCUACCUACGGGGACGGCUUUGAGGCAUCUUCCAGCCCUCGUUACAAUUUUUUUGAUCCCAUCACAGCCAACAUGGGCGGUCGUAUAACCUUCGAGGCCCCCGAGCUGCCUGAAGAGACCUUGAUGGAGCAGGAGCACACAGACACCGUGCAGAGCCUGCGCUUCACGCUGGAUUUCGCUUGCUGUCUAAUGGAGGUGGCCGGGGCCCGCGGCAUCACAUUGAUGGGGGUUCCGGUUGAUGCUGCUCACCCCCACUUCUUGCAGCAGCAGAGCCUUGUGGCAGAUCAGAUAAGCUCACUGAGCCGAGAGUGGAGCCAUGCCGAACAACUGGUUCUGUACCUUAAGACUGCAGAACUCUUGUCUACUGCCAUACAAACGGCCAUGGAGCGAGUGAAACAGGGCAAACUUUACCCGUCGUCUACAGUCAAACAAGUUGUGAGGAGGCUGAAUGACUUGUACAAGUCCAGUGUGGCAUCGUGCCGCUCACUCAGCACACGACUGGAGCGCUUCUUUUCCAAGAAACACAGACUAAUGGACAAAAUCACCUCCAUUACGGCUGAAAGACUGCUCUUCAGUCACACCGUGCAGAUGGUUCAGUCUGCUGCUCUAGAUGAGAUGUUCCACCAGGGGGAGGCAUCGAUCCAUCGCUACCACAAAGCUCUCCUGCUGCUGGAGGGCCUCACCAUGCUUCUUACUGAACAGGAAGACAUUCUCAGUGUUAGCAAAUGUAAAGAAUGUAUCGAGCGGCGCCUCACAGCCUUGCAGUCCGGGCUCUGUGUUUGAGAGCCCCCACAUGAUGUCACCCGUCGGCUCAUUACUGACGAACUUCAUCGCCUCACGUCUCGUCAUACAUCGCUUUCACAAAACCCCCAAAAGUUACAUCUCGAGCUUCAGACAACAACGUCUCUUUCACUAAACCCGGAACUGAUGGUGGACGUGAUGCACCUUGCUGCAUUCUGACUUAUGUGAGAGACCGUGUGACCAAUUUAAGAUUUCCCCACCCCAGCCCCAUUUGGGGCAACAUGCAGAAGCAGUUAUGGCCAAGUAGUCAUACCUGUAUAUAGAUCCACACGCAGUACUCACCAUGACAUACAUUUUGAAGCUGGACCAGUCUACAUGCAGUGGAGAACUUAACAAGCCUUCAUGGUUCAUUUUUAUGGAGGUACAGUAUGACGUCUACGCCUAUAUGGAGGUACAGUAGACAUGUUGAAGAAAUCUGGAAGUAGUCAAGUAUCAUUCUCAUCAUAUGUGUGUUCACAUGAUACCACUUCUUUUGUGUUUGUUUCAAACUAGUUAAUUACUUGCUUGCUACAGUGUACAUAACAUUGCUACAACUGGAGAAGAAUUUCUGCCAUGAUGACUAAACGGCUUUUUAUAAUAUGUUUGAUUUUAGCUCCACUGUAAGUAGUUUGGUUUGAGACUUUAUGGACUCGAUUUUAAUAAGGAAGGCGGCAACUGGUGCAGCAGAUGUUUUGCUUUCCAACAUCGCAUCGAGCGGGUCCAAAAUGGCGGAAGAGGCACUGUUGGCAUCUCUGAUUAUAAUUGCGCUAACGUUGCCCCGCUUACCUGACGAUAUUUGUCUUGUGUGCAGUCCUUAAUCAUCCCCUCGCUUGGUUCCAUAUUUCGUCUUUGCAGCAUUGUAUCUUGUCAAUCAUGCCGGUGUUACGCAAGUAUAAUCAAAAUGCGAAUGUAUAAGACCGGAGAGAAGCCGCAGCAACAUCAGUCUGAAUGUUGGGCUGCUCGGCGGCACACGCCUGAAUGUUUUUGCACUGUUGGAGUACUGUACAGAGUGGAACAUGCUACAUGUCAAGUAUUUUGUUUGUUUUAAUAUACCUUGACUGAUUAGCUCAUUUCUAUUUCUACUGCCAUACAUUGAGUGCAGUUGUAUCAUAGUUGACUGUGUUAGGUGUGAGAGUGUUCAUUAACAGAGGGAUGCUGUGAACCCAGAUAACAUUUUCUUUAAGAAAAUAUGGAAGAAAAAAAAAAGCUUUACGGUGAGGAGGGUUUUAAAAAAAACAAAACAAAAAAUAAGUGUUUUGCUUCAGAGUAGUCAGUAGGUGACGAUUCUGUCUUGAUUUUGAAAUGUGUUGAUUUGGAGUGAUAUUGUUAAAUAUUUGGUCUGAAUUAUUAUUUUGUAUUAUUUAGCUUGAGAUAUAACUCUGAAUCCCAAACAAAUUCCUUUUAAUAAUUCUCCUCAGUUGUGGGCCAGUGGAGAUGGUCGAUGUCUGUGUGUUGCCUGUGUUCAAAGGUGUACAGUAUCGUGUGCAUGCUCGCAUGUGUGAAGAGGCUUGUUUGAGAUUUAUGACUGACGACUGUGGAGAAAAACAAAGAUGAUAACUAUUAAUUACACAAUCUCACUUUUCCCUAUGAAAUGAAAAGAUCCACUGAAAAGGGUUCCUCUGGUUACGAAGGAGUAAGGCCACCCCCCUAAAAAACAAAUGAGAAUGAAAUUGAAAAUUGCAAGAAUAAAGUUGUACAAAUACAAAAGUAAUAUUUAUUGCAAUCAAAUUGUAAUAUUGCAAGAAUAGUUUAUACCCAUUUCGCUAGUAUCGUAGAUCUGCUUUUUUUGGUUUUUUUUUCAUAUCACAAGUAUAAAGUAGGAAUAUGAUGAGCAAUUUUAACAUUUUCCUAUAACACCCUAUGAAAUUAUUGCCAGUCUCAGAAAGAUGCCAUUUGGUUAGAAUUACUUCAUUCAUGUAAAAAAAAAUUAAAAUUAAAUUAAAAAAAUCGUAUCAUACAACUUUAUUCCUUCAACAUUACAAUUUCAUUCUCAUAAGGUUACUUUUUUUUUUUCCUUGAAAUAUCGUGACUUCAUUCUCCUGGCAUUAUGACUUUUUUUGCUUAGUAUUAGCUUUUUGUACGUAAUAUACUUCCUGUAACUUUUUCUCACGUAAAAGAAAUGCAUAACUUAAUAACUAAAUUUGUACUAACAUUGCAGCUUUAUUCUGAAAAUUUAUCGGCUAACUACCCCACCCCACCCCCGCCCCCAGUGUGGCCUUGAUGCUCCUUCGUACUCUGAUAAUCCGUUGUGGGGCCCAGUACUACUUUCUUCACUGUAUUUUCCUUCUCUUUUUUUAAGUUAUUAAGAUGUUCAUGUUUCAUAAAGCUAAAGAUAGUUUACAAAGAGAUCCAGUAUAGUAGCACUGUUAGUAGAGUAAAAUGAAAGAGCUUUUCCCCCCUUUUUAAAUAUCCUUUAUUUGCUUUAAGGCCUUUUGUCAUACAAAAAUAUAUAUCUGUAUUAUUUUCUCAGCUGUGAGCACGUGUCAAAUGGUUUGAGUUGUACAUUCCUAAUAUAGGCUCAUCCUGGCUCUCGUCCUGCUCAGGCAGUAUACAGCAGCGAGCACCUGUGAGGCAUCUGUCAAUUGUUUUUUUUUUUUUUUUUUUUUUUUUAAAUAAAUAGUCCUCCUACAGUCAUUGCUACUGGGCACUGGCCAUCCCAACUGUUAUCAUUUAGGGAUCACCAUUAAUCAUUAAGCAUUGUGUGUGCAUUGAGAAAACUUUAUGGUCGGGGGAGGGGGGCAUGUAUUGUUUUCUGUUGUGUGUCCUUGAGCAGCGUGUUGACUGGCUGCCAUCAUCAUGGCUGCUGUUGAAAGCAUUCCCAUGAAGCUAAAAUGAAGUGUAACCAUAGUCAAGGUUUACACUCUUCUGCGAGCAGUCUGUGUGUAAAAACAUGCCCGAAUGUCGUCAUUUUUUUCCCGUGUUCAUUAUCACCUCUAGGAAUUGCAAAUUAAGUUAUUGCUGUCAUUGUAUUUAUGGAUCUGAGUGUGCGGAGGGAACAGUACCAUACCAUGUAAUGUUUGUUUUUCCAAAGAAAAGGCUUUCUGCUGAACUUCCAGCAAGGCAUUUUCAUGUUGUCAUGUAUGGCAAGACACUAGCUCAAUGUCCCUGUGUGUAAUAUAACCCUUAUUGUUAGUUGCAACAUGAAUAAAGUUAAAGGAAUGGUCA